AGGAGAUCGAAGCAUGGAUGCACAAGGGUUAGUAGCUCUGUGCUGAAAAUGACCCCGUUGGGCUAGUGAUCCACUUCUUGUGACAGGAGACAGCUGCAGUUCCCCAGCCCAGCUAUAAAAAGCCCUAACGGCCUAAGUAGAGCAGAGGACGUGCAGCAGACACCCAGGGUACCUCUUUGGGGCCAAGGAAGGAGCGCAACCUGAGAAUCAUGCCAAGGCUCCCCCCUGUCCUGAAGCUGCUCCAAGCUUCUGUGAAGUCUGCAGUGGUUCCCAAAGCCCAUAUCUCUGCCAAAAUAGCCAAAACCCCCACUUCCGCUAUGGAGCAGGCUGUGGGGAUCAUGGUCAUAUUCACCAGCCUCUUGGUUCCUGCAGGAUGGGUCUUAGCUCACUUGGAGAGCUAUAAGAAAAGCUCCACAGCAUGAAGUGGCAGAGCUCUGAAAGAUUAAACUCUCC